GCAGUGAGUGUCAAAGAGCCCGAAGUAGAUUGAAGCAGUUUACACGUUUAAGGAAAAAAAAGUUGUCAGUCAGGUUUUAUUUGCAGUGUUUUCAGGCGCAAAGAUGAUGCAGGCUUUGAAAGGCGUCAGACACGUGACAUCCAGCACGAUGAAACAAACAGUUUCAGAGCUCUCCGUGGCAGUCCCGUGGGGGGAGAUCCGAGGUAAAGUCUGGGGUCCUGACCACGGACAUCCUGUGCUGUGCCUGCACGGCUGGGCUGACAACUGCGGUACAUUCAACACGCUUGUUCCCCUCCUGCCAAAAGAGUGCCGAUAUGUGGCAAUGGACCUGGCAGGUCACGGUCGCUCGUCGCACCGUCCUCCUGGAGUUCUGCACGCCUUUCCUUCCUACGUGAUGGAUGUACGCAGAGUCGUUGAUGCUCUGCAGUGGAGCAAAUUCUCCAUUAUAGGCCACAGCAUGGGUGGUAACGUUGCAGGAAUGUUCAGCGCUCUGUAUCCGGAGAUGGUGGAUGCCGUUGUGCUGCUGGACACCUACGGAUUUUUACCUACAGACCAGAAGGAAAUGGUCAAAGUGAUGAGGCAGGGGUUCGAAGAGAUGCUUCUGUUUGAAAAAUCGAUGGAGGAGAAGAAGAGAGUGUACACUUACGAGAAGGCAGUAGAAAGGUUGAUGUCUGUAAACCAAAGUCUUUCUGAACGCUCUGCGAAAAUCCUUCUGGAGCGAGGUCUGCUUCAGGUUGAGGGAGGAGUUGUGUUCUCCAGAGACUUUCGUGUUAAUCUGAAAAACAUAGCACGCAUCAAUUUGGAGCAGAGUCUGGAGCUGCAUUCGAGGAUAACGGCCUCUGUCCUAGUUGUUCUAGCAGAAAGUGGCUUCGAGAAAAUAUUUGCUGAAGACGAGCAAAAGAAAUUUGCAUCAGCACUUCUUCAGGCCUACAGGGACAAAAAUCAUGCCGUGGUGACUGUUCCAGGUGAUCAUCACAUCCACCUGAAUAAGCCUGACAUCGUCGCUCCAGUUGUGUCGGACUUUCUGCAGACCAAAGUCCUCUCACGUUCUGCUACACCAACUAAUGGCCAGACCUCUAAGUUAUAACAGACCAGCUACUCCUCGAGUCACGUCACACUGACUCUACUGCUAAUCCUGUCUUUAUACUGUACUAUUUACACAGGUUUAACUUUGGUGCUUAAAACUCACUCGGCUGGUCGUCUUAGCGGACUCAUGAAUUAUUUAAAGCCUUUUAAAAGGUAGUGAUGCUGUUGAUUUAAAUGGGAAAACAUAAUUGUGCCAUCGCUGCCAUCUCUAUCUGUUAACUCAGGCUUUCUGCCGCAGGCUCUGCACUCACUAACAUGAGGGCAUCAGAGGUUUGAGUUCUUCUAUUGCGCUGCCUGGAGCAUGCACCACAUACUCCAAGCAGAGGCAGUUUCGAACACAUUAUACCACAUUGGAGCUCUCAAACUUAAACUAUUAUUAAACUAUUCCAUAGCUUGAUAAUUGUCCCAAGCACAGCAAUAGUCUGUGGCCAUAUUAAAGUCACACAGGUGAAACUGGAUGAAGGGGUUUGUCAUUAUCUGUGAAUUCCUCCCACACAAUCACUUGAGCCACCAAACUUGGCACAAAGGUACAUCUUGAAGGCUUCUGAAGGUUCUCCUCUAUGUCAGGUAUUAUUAGGUCCUGGUAUUGCCUAGCAACCACCUAGCAACAGGCUCAAAUGACUGUUUUUUUAGCCUUUACAUUCCUAUAACACCUUAUGUCUGUGAAGGUUCUCAGUCAUCCAGGUCAUCGUAGUCAAAGGAGCUUGCAAAGAAAAGCGU